ACUGCCUCACACGUUCUUGGCGCAUCGUUUCUCUUCCUGCCAUCCCAUGCCGUUCAGCUGUUAAUUUCCUUGGCCUGACAACUUUGUUUCUUCGAGAUUUCAUCUCUGCCAGAAGUUCCAGCGGCCAAGAACGCUUGUGGCGUGGCGUGGAGCUGGCAACCGUCGUGGAUUUGAUCUUCCCUGGGCGCCUCGAGCAUAGCGGCGCCGGGGAAGGCGGUGACGCCAGGUGGUGGCGCUGCGCCGGCGGUCAGAAGAUGACGACGGCGCGGCAGUGGUGGCGGCGCGCAGCGGCGGCCGUCAAGGACAGGAGGAGCCUGUACCUGACGCGUGUGGUGGCGUUGCGGCCACGGCCAGUCUCCGGGGUGGCCACGCCCGCGCUGAGGAGCCCGAAGCUGGAGGCGGCCGUGAUCCGCGCGACCAGCCACGACGAGCGAUCCGUGGACCACGGGAGCGCGGCACGGGUGUUCGCACUGGCGCGCGCGUCGCCGCCGUCGCUUCAGCCGCUCAUGUGGGCGCUAGCGCGCCGCGCACGGCGGACCCGGUGCUGGGCCGUGGCGCUUAAAGCGCUCGUGCUCGCGCAUGGCCUGCUCCUGCGGUCCGACGUUGCGCCACGCGCGGCGCGCCUCGGCCGCGUCCCCUUUGACCUCGCCGACUUCCGCGACCGCUCGUCGCCGCCGUCCAAAUCGUCGGGCUUCUCCGCCUUCGUGCGCGCCUACUUUCGCUUCCUCGACACUCGCUCCCUCUUCACCGCCCAGGAGCUAGACGCCGCCAACAGCGGCGAGGCCGACGGCGAGGACGCGCGGCUGGACAGCGUGACCAAGCUGCAGCACCUGCUGGACUUGCUCAUGCAGAUCCGGCCGUACGGGGACGGCGUGCAGCAGGGCCUCAUUCUGGAGGCGAUGGACUGCGUCGUCAUCGAGAUCUUCGAGGUCAACAGCCAAAUAUGCACGGGCAUUGCCCGGUUCCUCGUCGCCGUUCUCGGGUCGGCCCCGACGACGCCACGGGCACGGCCGGGAGAGACGCUGGCGGCAGCGAGGCGGCGCAGGGGAGUGCAGGGGAUGCGGGUGCUGAGGAAGGCCGCAGAGCAGAGCGCGCAGCUGUCGUCGUACUUGGAGCUGUGCCGGGACCUGGGCGUACUCAACGCCGCCGAGUUUCCGGCCGUGGAGCGUGUCUCGGACGAUGACAUCAGGGACCUCGAGAAGAUCAUCAUGAACCACGUCGUCGAAGAACGCGGCAAGGACGUGGAGAAAGAAACGAAGGCGCUUGUCGCCGUGGAGGAAACCCGACUAGCUUCCAAGACAGUGGUGACAAAAGAGUGGGUGGUGUUCGACGACGACGACAAUGACGCCGCCGGCGCCAGGCCGAGGUCUUUAGGUAGUUACAUGAAUCCGUUCAUGGCCGCGCCUUGGGACACCGUAGCGUGUAGCAGAGACUUAUUGGUUUAGCGUGUGUUUGGUAGCUGAGAUGGAAAUUGGAGCGCCAUCUGAUCCGUCGGACUUUUAGCCAAAAAUUACUCGAAAUUUGUCGUCUAUGGAUUUGACCUACUACUUUGUAUUAUCA